AAAAGGAUAAAAUGAAUUAGCUCAAAAAUAUUAUUGUCUUUUUGUGUAUAAUAAAAAACAUAAAAUAAAAAAUGAUUGACGAAACAACAAAUGGAAACUUCGAAAUCAGCCAUGUCAGACAUCAUCUACUCGUAUAACAAUUAACAACUGCUGCUUAUCUUCUACGCGCCUUUCUGAUUCUACUUUUCCUUUUUUCCCUACUCCUAAUCUAAGUCAAUUCAGUGAAACAAAUUCUCUCUUUUUUGCAAAAUUAGCGUGUUGAGUAAAUAAAUCGAGAUUUAGUGUACCGUGCUAUCCUAAAAAUUCUGUUUUAGUAGAGAGAAAUCGCACUUGGAUUUAUCCGAUUUAUUGAUCUUCGAUCUUCAAUUGAGUGAUUAGAUUAAAAGGGCGAAAUGGAGAAAGUGAAGAAUAUAUUGAAGCCGAAACCGAACCCUCAACAGCUUUUGAGAGAUUGGCAACGUCGUCUCCGACAAGAAUGUCGAAAUAUCGAACGCCAAAUUCGAGAUAUACAAAGAGAGGAGAAGAUUGUACAGAAAUCAAUUAAAGAAGCUGCUAAGAGAAAUGAUAUGGGUUCUGCCAAGUCGCUGGCUAUGGAGCUUGUGAGAUCUAAAAGAACUGUGAACCGAUUGUACGAGAACAAGGCACAACUGAAUUCAAUAUCCAUGCACCUUGGAGAAAGUGUAGCUAUCGCUCGCACGGUGGGGCAUUUGUCCAAGAGUGCUGAGGUCAUGAAGCUUGUUAAUAAUCUUAUGAAGGCUCCUGAAGUGGCUGUUACAAUGCAGGAAUUCAAUAAAGAGAUGACCAAGGCUGGUGUCAUUGAAGAAAUUGUGAAUGAUGCAGUGGACAGUGCAUUGGAUUCAGAAGACAUAGAAGAUGAGAUUGAAGAAGAAGUUGACAAGGUCUUGACUGAACUUGCUGGUGAGACUGCUGCACAACUUCCUGAAGCAGUCCGAAAGGAGAAGCUAAAGCAACCUGCCCAGGCAGUUGGAGAUGCAGAGGAUGUUGAUGACGAGGAAGAUCUAGAAGAACUAAGAGCUCGUCUUGCUAAAGUAAGAUCAUAAGUGAUACCUCACCUGACUUCCAGUUCCUGAGGGCUCAACUAUAGAAGUGCCGUAGUGAAGUAGCAGACUCCUUGUCUGUUCUGCUGUGGCUGCAUCUUCUUUCUGGUUGAGGAACUUGUAGAGUACUUUUCUGUAUCAUAGUAUCAACUUCUCCCUGAUGUCAUAUCAAGCUCUUGAUACCAUGUAGUCAAUGUCCAAUCUGAGAUUUUACUCUCUAUGUGGUGCUUUUCAAUAUAUGGAGUGAAACACUAUGUUAAUGACUUCAUUUGCUAUGUAGCAGAAUUAGCAAUUCAAUCUAUCUACCGAGGAAUUCUGCUCCUUUUUUUUCC